AUGGUCGCAAUUACUUUCAUGUCUAUGGUGUCUGGACCAACCAUCAUCGAAGCCAAGGAAGACGAAACUUUCGAACAAGUUGUCCAACGUCUCCAAGCUGCUCUCCCAAAGCAAUACACAAUCGAUCAAUUUGAUUGCUCCCUACCAAACCCAGUUUGGGCCAAGAUUGCCUUGACUGCCACUGUUGGUUCCAUCGGUCUCCCAGAAUCUGGUGAACUCCGUUACAUCAUCAGAUGUUAA